AUGUCAAGCAAUGACAAGCUAACCAACCAAAUACGGCACCAUAUCAUUGUGGAUCCAAGCUCUUUGGUGUUUGGAGGAAUUUCGAGACUCAAUAAGUGGCAGACAGAGUACUCUUUGACUGUCUUUGUUCCUAACUAUACACUGAGAGAACUAGACUUCCUCAAACGCUCGAUCAAUCCUGUUGUUGCCCGAAAUGCCAGGGAGAGCAUUCGUGUGAUUGACGCAGCAAUAUCCGAAGACCCUGCCGAUACCCAAAAUCCGCGUAUUGCGCAGUUUCUGCUGGAAUCUCCCGAAGAAGCAGGCCCAGACUGGAAAAAAGCUUCAAGCUACAGACAACGGACGCCCCUGGUAGAAGAAAUACCGGCAGUGGCUAGCGGCUAUGGAUUAUAUCAAGAGCCUCGAAACAAGGCUAUGCGCUCGUUGAACACCGCAUUCGAACAGCAGGAGGAAAUUACAAAAAAUACCGAUCAGCAUGAAAAGGCCAAGGUCCCUCCACGACUUAGGUACCUGAUCCGCUCGUGCAUUCAAAAACAGUACGUCGAAAAUAAGAAGCGGAAAUCUAAGUCAAAAAUCGAUUGGGUGGUCGUUUGCGAGGACCCUGUCACUACUACAUGGCUCCGGUGUUUCGGGUUCAAAGUGCUGAGCAUGAACCAGAUGCAAGCGUUUCUGGAACAGCCAACCUCCAUCGACGUACCAAAAGCAGCGAACGAGGAGCCGGGUAUGGUGAAAACACAGGAUUACAGAAAAAUCACGUUUGCUCCCAGAGGAUCUGGCAAGUUAUGGAAACCAUAG